AAGAAGGUAGAAGUCAACAACCAAGGGAAGGGACCCAACUCAAAGUCGCAAGCUGGUGAUGGUGCUGUUCAGAAACGCAAUAGUUUAAUUAUGGAGGGCCAGGGAAGCAAGACCGAUGGAGAAGAAACCGUCAGAUUGAGCAAGAGUAUCCGCCGCAAGCGCAAGAAGCGUUGUAAUGGAAAGAAGAGCCGACCCAAGAGCACCGGGAGCCAGUCAAGUGACACGUCGACAACAAGCGAGGUUGCAGACAUCAAUGCUGUCUUGCCCAGUGGUGGUUCACCAGGGAAUCAAGAUGGAAUUUUUGUAAUGGAUGAUAUUGAGAACAAUGAGAAGUCUGGUCCAAGCACGUCUACUCCCACCUCCCACAUGGCGCAGUCGUCUUCGAUGCCGUUGCUGCGCGAGAAGUCCCGGGAAGAAGUAGUCGACGAAUGGAGUGGCUCCAUGUCCCGAUCCAUGGGACCAGACUUUCAUCCAUUCAGUGAUACUGACCUCAGCCCUCCACCAAGCCCAUCGACUUCAAGACCCCCAACACCAAUCAAGUCUGACACCGAGUAUGAGGUCGAGAGACAGCGGACGGACUUCAUUGACGGAUCCUCGCAGACGGAUGAGAACAAGUGGUCUUGGACCUGGGGAGAACUUCCCACACCGCCGCCGAAGACUCCAACCCGCACGUCAUCCUCAGCUGCGGAUUCCUCCGAGAUGAAGAGUGAGAGCGACAUGAAGAAAUCUUCGAAAGGAGAGGAUGAUGAGCGGUCUGUGUUGGGCAGUAUGUUUAGCUUCAUGCGGGCUACCAAGAAAGCUCGUCACAAUCCAGAGAGUGAGGGCAUCUACCUUGAUGACCUGAAUCUGGAGGAACUAGACCCAGAAGUGGCAGCACUGUAUUUCCCCCGUAACUUCAAGGUUCCAGAAAAGCCGGGCUACAACAGCUUCUCCUCUGCAAGCGCUGUGAAGGAUGAUGAUGUUGAGUCCGGUAAUGGUCCUUCCUUGCCUCAGUCUCCGCACAGUGUCGAGGGAGCCAUUGGAGGACCAAAACUGUGCAGCGAUUCGGACUUUGAAGAUUACCGGCACCCCAUCUUUGACUACAAGGGUUACCAUGAUAUUGCCUUCUCGCUAUGUGGCCGCCUCCAUGAAUACGAGGGAGACUUCCCAGAGAGUCUUUUUAUGCAAAGUCUAGUCACUUACGAUGAUUUUUGUGAAAAUCCACAAAUUCUCGAAAACCCUGACCUUGUUGUUAGGUUUGGGGGCAAGUACCUGAAUUGGCGCACUGUUUCACCACAGAUUCUCUCUCUUGUGUUGUUCCAGCGACCUGUGCCUCAGAAACUCUCAGAAGCUCUCUAUAAGGAACACAUGAUCAAGAAGGAGAUCAGAAAGAGGUCUGAGUCAAAGGGAUACUCUUGGUUCUCUUGGAGGCGCACCAAUCCAGAGGACGCUGAUGCUCCUCAAAACAAAAGUGAAGAUAUUGCAGUGAAGAAGGAAGUUUCUGGAUCUUUAGAGGGCAGUGAAAAAUCUGUGACAGAGGAGAUCCUAAAUCCCAGUGAUCCAAACCUCGUUGAGGUUACAGCUGCUGAGACUCAAACCACCCCACCAGGCACUCCAAAGAAGAAGGGACUUCACGGCCAUACCCCAGGGACAGAUUCCUCUGAGUCUGAGGAUCUUGAAGAUCGGAAGGACCGCAGGCCCUCUGGAGAUCGCUACAAGAAGAGUUUGAGACUGACAUCAGAACAAAUUGAAAAACUAAACUUGAGAGAGGGAAGCAAUGAAGCCCUGUUCUCAGUUACAACAGCCUAUCAGGGAACAACACGAUGCAAGUGCCACAUUUUCCUAUGGAAUCAUGAUGAUAAGAUUGUUGUAUCAGAUAUUGAUGGCACUAUAACGAAAUCUGAUGUGCUAGGGCAUCUGCUGCCCAUCUUGGGCAAGGACUGGGCCCAGAGUGGGGUAGCUCAACUCUUUACCAAAAUCAAGAACAAUGGCUACCAUUUCUUGUACCUGUCUGCAAGAGCUAUUGGACAGGCACGUAUCACUCGGGACUAUCUCCGUUCCAUCAAACAGGGAGACUUAUCUCUACCUGAUGGGCCUCUGUUAUUAAAUCCUACGUCCCUAGUGCAAGCUUUCCAUCGUGAAGUCAUUGAGAAGAAGCCCGAGGAAUUCAAGAUCUCUUGUUUGAGGGAUAUCCAGGCAUUGUAUCCACCUGCUAGAAAUCCUUUCUACUCUGGAUAUGGAAAUAAGAUCAAUGAUGUGUGGGCCUAUCGUGCUGUAGGAAUUCCCAUUUCUCGAAUAUUUACCAUCAACCACAGAGGCGAGCUAAAGCAUGAAUUAACUCAGACAUUCCAAUCCUCUUACAUACGACAAAGCAAAGUAGUUGAUGAAACUUUCCCUCCUCUGCCAAGAACAAUGGUGCCUCGUAACCUUGUUGGGUUCAUGUACAGUGAUAGUGAAGCAGAAAAUUGCAGCUGCAGUGAUAAUGACAUUUGUGACUGUUACGACAGUGACUGGGAGGGGUUUCCUUCGGGGAUAGAUCUAUCGGAACUUGGUUCAUAAUUCAAGGAGACCAUUCGGAUGAAUCUUUUGAAAGGGAUGGAUUAGACGAAAGAAUGCAUAACUGAAAAUUAUUACUGUCAUUCUGAGUAGGUUAAAAGGAAACCACUCCAUUCACAUGGGCCAGGCAGAAGGCUGUCCCACGCUAAUCAUUUCAAGUUCAGCUUCUGUUAAAGCUCACUGAAGUUUAGGGUACUCAAACCUCAGUGACAUAUCGAACCACAUGUUCCCUCCUGUUGCUCAUCAGGAGACACUGGGCGAAUACUCUUCCUUGCAAUACUGGCGGGCACCCUUUGCCUGACGUGUCCACUGAAAUAGAAGCAGUCCUUUC